GGAAUCAUGAUGCAGCUGAUAUAGCACCAACUCAACGAUCGAAGAAGAACCAGCAAGCAAGAGCUUAUUCAUAACCAUCUCUCCCCUUGGACCUUGGCUCCACUUUCCAUCCUUGACCAAAUCAGACUGGAAGUUAUCUCAAGCACGCAGAACCUUAAGAAAUUCACACUUACCCCCAAGGCCUACGUAGUUACUUCCUACUUGCUCGGAUACCAUUAAUUCAUUAUUUCUUGAGAAGUACAUAUUGAUCCAGAUUGAAUAAUUUUGCUACAAGAUUGCUACGCUCUAAAACUAAAACCUGAUCUCGCAUUCGCUAAUCGACGCUUGGAUUGCCAUUUUCCGUUCCAAAUUAUCCUCAGAAAAUCUUUCUUAGUUUUUCCGCGGUCGGAGAACUACGGCACCUUCCGUCCAUAUCCGAGACCCUGACAGGGAGGUGGGAAAUACAUAAGUAGAAGGAACCCUUCGAGCAUCGAACAACUAAACCUCCAAAUCAGAACUUCCAGCUCCUUGUCAAUCCCAUCGCAACCUCCAUGAUGGAGGAAUAUAUACAAACUCAACAAUAUGAAGAACCAUGUGAUCGAUGUCUCAGUCAAAGAUUGUAUUGUGUUCAAUCGACUGCCAAACGAGGUGACCGGGGAAAAUGCGAACAUUGCCGGUGGGCCCGAGCUAAUUGUAACGCGACGAGAUUGAAUAAGUCAGCGGCUCGAUGGAAGCCAGGACUCUUAUGGUCAAAUACACUCUUGAAGGAAGUUCAAAGCGAGAUUCCAUAUUCGUCCGACAAUCAACCGAAUCCAAAAAAGGAAAUGGAUUCAGAAGAGGAUCGCGAGACGAUGCCAGAUGAACCAGCCGGCCCUUCAAAGAAGAAAAACUUGCGUCCGAGUCCGCCUCCAGAGACAAGCCCAAAACGAAAACGAAUGAUCUCGGAAAGUGAGGAAAGUGAGGAAGAAGGUGGAUCAUCCAUAGAGAAUCAGAAGAUCGCGAAGAAGUCGAGAAGGAAGACGUACGCGUCGGGGAGCUCGAAAAAACUGCCAGACACGGAAGUUGAUCGCGAAGAAGGUGGAUCGUUCACCAAAAAGCGGAAGACGAAGACAUCAAGCAGAAGAAAGACGUGUGCGACGGAGCUCUCGAAGGAAGUGCCUGAGCCUGGGGCUGAUCACGGAUUAUCAGGCAACGUAAGUGCGACUCAAGUAGACGAUACGAAUCCGGGGAAGGACAAAGGAAAGGAAAGCGCAUCGACAAACACCAAUGAGACGCCAAGACAGGAUUCAGAGCAGCCAUCAGAAAAUCAAAAUCCAAACGGAACGCCGGCGGCCAAAGAUACUUAUGAAGAUUGGUUGACUCCAGAUAAGGAGGUGAGAGAAGGAAGUUGGAUAAGCGAAACUGAUAGGUCAAUGGAAAAAAAGUUGGAGAAAGUUAAGGAAGUGGAGGAGACUUUGAACAGAUUAGAAAUCGAAUUAAAACAAGGAGUAAGAGAAAUCUCAAGGUUGGUUGGUAAACAGGAAAAAGAAAAAAUGAAAGAAGAGGUGCGGAAGAUAAAAGAAAGUUUGGAAAAGAGUAAAGUAGACUUAACUGCUGUCAUCACUAAAUAGAAAUAUUAUGAAUAACAAAGAUUUAGAUCAAAAUCUGUAUUGUGGUUACUUUUUACCUUGGACUAGCAAGACAAACAUAAAAAAAGACAUGAGAGAAGGUAAAUGUAUUUUUUUUCCCAAAAACCAGAAUCCUUCUCA